GACCGAAUCGGGGGACGGCAGUGAGAUAUCUAGCUCCACCUCGGUGUCUAAAAUGGCAGCGGGGGUUGUGGUGCAGAUGUAGCGCUGCGACUCUCCCAUUCCGCCUCCGUCUGUGACGUCACAACACCUGUCCAAUCACAGUGCAGCAAAAAUAAUAUAUCUGAAACAGCCGAGGCUAGCAGCAGCAACAGCGGCCGGUGUGAGCCGGCUCCAUCUUCAUGUUGGGGUUGCGUUAAUUUAUUUAUAUAUUUUUUUCUGUCGUUCUUUCUUUUUGAACCCCCACCCCACAGCCCCCGUCCCUCUCUCCCUUGAUAAAGCAAAGGAGAUGCGGGGACUCCUGACGGCUUUCCGGGGCCUGCGCACCCUGAGCAACCGUCCAGCCAGGCGAAAAGCUGGGAUUGUUGGUUGUCGGUGCGGGCUUUGCGGAACUCAGUCUGUUAACAAGCCACAGCCAAGAUUCGGUUUAUUGUUCGACAUCGAUGGGGUGCUCGUCAGAGGACGGAUGCCAAUCCCUGCGGCGAAAAGGGCCUUCGAGAAGCUGGUCGACUCUCGGGGACAGUUUGUGGUGCCUGUUGUUUUUGUCACAAACGCAGGGAACUGCCAACGACACACUAAAGCAGACCAGCUCUCACACGUCCUGGGAGUGCCUGUGACAGAGGACCAAGUCAUCAUGUCCCACAGUCCCCUGAGGAUGUUUAAAAGGUUCCACGACAAGUGUGUCCUGGUGUCGGGGCAGGGGCCGGUGUUGGAGAUUGCUAAAGAUGUGGGGUUUCAGAAUGUUGUCAGUAUUGACAUGGUCAGGGAGUCUUACCCGUUGUUGGACAUGGUGGACCACAACCGACGACCCAAGCUGCCAUCCAGCUCUGUACCCAGCCUUCCUAAAGUUGAAGCUGUGGUUUUGUUCGGGGAGCCAAUUCGAUGGGAGACUAACCUGCAGCUGAUCGUGGACAUUUUGUUGACCAACGGUGACCUCUGUAGUCCUCAUCAAACCCAAGCAACGGCUCACCUCCCCAUCCUGGCCUGUAACAUGGACCUCAUGUGGAUGGCUGAAGCUAACUCUCCCAGGUUUGGCCACGGGACGUUUCUCGUGUGCUUGGAGAACAUCUAUAAGAAGAUAACUGGCAGAGAUCUGAAGUACGAGGCCCUCAUGGGGAAACCCAGUGAGCUGACCUACCAUUUUGCAGAGUGCCUCAUCAGAAGCCAGGCUGUGCAGAAGCAGUGGAAACUUCCCAUCACUUCUCUUUACGCUAUAGGAGACAACCUCAUGACUGACGUAUACGGAGCCAAUCUGUACAACCGCUUCCUGGAGGAGAGACAUGCCAGAAAGAACCCGAAAGCCGUCGCAAAGGUGGCGUCCGCCACCGGGUCCAGCGCCGCGGUACCCGGCGGGGAGGAGUACAUGGACAGCCUGAGGGAGAGCGAGCUGGCUCUGCCCUCCGCCACUUCCUGUAAGUCUGUUCUGGUUUGCACGGGGGUGUACGACCCCAACGCGGAGGUGCCGUCCGACUCGAACCGCUGCAUCAAAGAGACGGUUUUCCACGGGCACCGCGACUUCAGGUUCGACCCGGCGCUGGUGGAGCCGGGCCACAUCGUGACGGACGUGGACGAAGCUGUGGAGCUCAUCUUUGAGCAGGAGAAGUUUGUGCCUCAGUAGAGAUUGGAGUCCUCGAGGGUUUGUGUCGGGUCCAAACAGCGUUAAACUGCGAGAACCCCGCUUAAUGUGUGAAACUGUACGAUGAAAACACUGUGGACUUUAACCAACAGGGCACUGACACCAAUAAUUAUAUAGCUGUAACUGUUUGAUUUUUCAUUUUGUUUUUAAUAAUUUGUCUAAACAGAAACACGUUUAUUUGAAUAUUUUUUUAAUGACUUCAUGUUUUACAUUAUCGCCAAAUUCUGAAAUCAUCUUCUUGUUAUUACAACUCUUUCAAUGUAUUCCAACAGCAUUUCACUUUAAUUACUCCAUUUUAUUUGUUCACCCAUUUAUUUUGAAAAACCCAUCUAUGCAUGAACAUGAGAAUAAUAGUUUGUCUUUAAAGCCAACUGUUCGAUGUGCAAUAUCGUCCUGUAAUCGUACCGUAACGUCUGCCUUUCAGCCCCAGAACCAGUAUUUGCACAGUUGCUUCAUCUUUGGUGAAUGCUAUGUGUUUUUUUUUCUCCUGCCAUAAUCUGCUUAUAAAGAUAUACUUAGAGCAUAGCAACUAAAAAAAGCUAACAAGAUGUUUAUUGAGUCACAUCCAACGCUCUUAUUGUAGCGCUUUGUAGUCAUUCAUUCACUGUAUAUACUGUACCUUCUCCUGGAAAAAUACAGAGUUUACACAAGUUU